CGCGUGUUGUCUCGAAAAGACGAAGGGCCGGUGGGCUCGAGGACCUUGACAGGCCGUGUCAGGCCAUGUCAGCGGUGACGCCCAGUAACAACCGGCUGUUGACCGGUCAGAAGACGCCCGGCACAGCUAAUGGCAAGGCGAGGCUCAUCAAGUCACGCUCCAAUUCGCCUGCAGCUGGUCUGUUAGCGCACAGCUACAAUAGUAACAUCGCCGGCCUGAAUGACCCGCUCUUCCUGCCAGUGGCUUCAUCGUCUCGUGCGCAUGCAUUCAGCGGCACGACGAGCAGGAGUCGGAGUGGCUCGCCUGUCAAGACACCGCGCAACAAUGAUCGCAUCUUAUCCUCUGCCCACUCCGCAUCUCGUCCGGCGAAUGCAGGACAACGAUCUGCCGCAAAGAUCGGACGUACAGCGGCUACAGAGACAGUGACUAAUGCGGGCUUGGGAAAGACCGACAUCGCCAACCGUCACUGGGAUCAGCCGGGCGCGGCGUCUUUGGUCAAGGACUCGCAGCAUAGCGUCAAGAAGAAAAAGUCUCUGACGGGACAGUACGAUCGCUUUAUCCCACAGCGCGAGAAUAGCACAGGCGGAUCCUCAAACGCAUCAGGUAGUACGAGCGACUUGCUCAGCGACAGAUUUGACCGCAUGCAACUCAGCACGGCCGCUCAGGCUAGGCCAGAUUCGUCUGGUCGCCACAGUACACCCGGUCAGCCUUCCAGAGAUGAGCUAUCGGCGUGUCUGGGCAUAGAGCCCUCAAAACGCAUGCUCUCUUUUGGCAGCAGGCCCGCGAGCCUUCACGGCGGCUCGUCAUCAGAGUCCGACACGGGCGUCUUGCGUAAUGACAUGACAGACUUACUUGCCACAGCGUCUCGGCAGCAAUCGUCCAGCGCCGUGCAAGGGCGAGAGAGCAGCGGCCGUGCUGCACUGCGACGCAUCCCCGACAAAGCCUACAAAGUCCUUGAUGCACCAGGGCUCGUAGAUGAUUACUACCUGAACCUGAUGGACUGGUCGUCGACCCAGCUACUCGCCAUCGGACUAGGUCAGACAGUCUAUCUCUGGAGUGCUCGAGACGGCUCAGUGAGGGCACUCUGUUCGCUUGCUGAUCAACCUUCGCCUCCUCUGCCCUCCGAAUCUGACGAAGAGGCGGAAGAAUACGUGAGCUCACUCAAGUUCUCAGAAGACGGAGCCUAUCUUGGCGUGAGUUCGUCCAGAGGACCCAUUGCUAUCUACGACGUCGCUGCAUCGAGACGAAUACGCACCAUGCAGGCUCACACUUCUCGCGUCAACUGUCUUUCGUGGUCGGGUGGUAUACUCUCGAGUGGCGCAAAGGCCGGCAAGAUCUACAAUUCGGACGUGCGCAUAGCACAACACAAGGUCGCAGAGUGGGGAACAGGCCAUCGCUCAGAAGUAUGCGGUCUGGCCUGGCGACCCGAAUCUGCCGACUCGCUUUCGCAGGGGGCGCAGGGCUUAUUGGCCUCUGGCGGCAACGACAACAUCGUCCAUGUUUGGGACGGUCGCAACACAAGCGCGCCGCGGAUGACUAAGACCGAUCACGUUGCUGCCGUCAAGGCAAUCGCAUGGUCACCCUGGCAGUCCAACCUCCUUGCGACGGGCGGAGGCACAUCCGACAAGACCAUCCACUUCUGGAAUUGCACUACGAGCACUAGACUGAGUACGGUGCAAACGCAUGCGCAAGUGACUUCCAUUGUCUUCAAUCCUCAUGCCAGAGAAUUGCUCUCAUCACACGGUGCCGCACGAGGUUCACCCGAGAACAGUCUCACGAUCUGGUCAUAUACUAGCUUGAGCAAGCUUGCGAGCAUCGACGAGGCACACGAUACACGUGUGCUACAUACUGCGCUCAGUCCUGACGGCUGCUCACUAGCGACUGCGAGCGCUGACGAGAGCCUCAAGGUAUAUAUUGGCAUACAUAGAUUGGGCUUCUGCUGAUGUUGCGUGAGCAGUUAUGGCAAGUCUUUGACAGUCGAGUUGGCCAGAGUGGCAGACGCUCCGAUAGCGUUGAUGCGCGAGCUGCGACAGAUCGCGCAAUCAGUCGCGGCAAUAAGACUGCCAGCAUCUCGAUCCGCUGAACGUCACUUUGUUGUGCUCUCUGCUCGAUCGAGGUAGAGCCUAACGAGGCGGAUUGCAGAACGCGCGUCCUCCAGAGAGUCGUGUCCGGCACCGGAGUCGUCCUGGAUGAAUUGCUG